AUGGACGGAGCCUGGGUGGGCACUUGGAGACCUCACCGCCCACGUGGCCUCAUCACAGCCCAUUUCACCAGUCCGGGACCCAAGUACUCCAUCCCUGGGACAACAGGUUACCUGGCUCACAAUCCCACCAAAGCCAGAGCCCCUGCCUACACAUUUCAAGGGGCCAAAUGUCCCCUCCCAGACAGCUGCUCACCAGGUCCUUGGUACUACAUCCAGCCCUCCGUCACCAGGAACGGGAAGUACAUGGCUCCUGCACAGCACAUGUGCGGACUUCCCAAGAUCAAAACCGAGGUCACCGCUGCACCAAGCGACUACUGCACCGACAAGGCCGACAAACACCUCUACAAAUGCCUGCUGGUUCAGUCCAUGGCCUUCCGGCACAAGGCCAUCAAAGACGACCAGAUGCCAGGUCUGGGCACCUACAUCCUGCCCAGGCUGCUGGGGCCCAACACAGCCUACACCCACGCCAACCCCUGCUACUCCACGGCAGGGAAGAGUAAGCACAAUGGCUUUGCUGAAGACCUCUCCAACAUGCCAGGGCCUGCCACAUUCCCCAGGGUGGAGCUGGACCUCUACAAAACCAGGUCUCCCACCUACACCAUGGGUACCCGAGCUAGACCAGGAGGCGACCCAAUGGUGAAGCCAGGGCUGGCAGACUACUGCCUGGCAAAGGUGACACUGAUCAAGCCCCAGGCACCUGCUCCCGCCUUCAGACUCCGUCAUUCCCUCUACACAACACCUCUAAUCCCACCUAUCUGA